AUAGAGAGAGAGAGAGAGACCUGGUUUCUCUAACACUAAUCUUGUCCUCGCAAUAAACUCUCUCUAUGAGAGCAAUUAGAUGCAGCGCGGUUCCCAGAGCCUCUGCAAUGACUCAUUGAAACAUCUUAUGUGCUGAUAGAGGGAGCCGCAGUUUUUUUUUCUCCCCCAUCGUACACACGCACGCACAAGCGCGCACGCACAGGACGUUGACUCCAGCAGGGCUGCCUUUCAGUGCAUCGGGACUUCUGUACUUUGGAUUUGCAGAUUUGCAGCACAUGAGGCUGCGUGCCUGGGCUGGCUGGCCGGACGCGCACUUGAGGCUAUUUGGGGUUUUGUUUUUCCUGAAGUCUGGACUUACAUAAAGAGUGGGACGGCGGGAGAGACGGGCUGAGGAGACCCCAUCGAGCUGGAGCCCAGGUAACCGAUGAGCAUGCGAGGCUCUCUUCUGGCUUUUGGGACGGGACGGAGUCUUCCAGCCACCUCCACGCCGGCUCUCAGAAUGGGGAGCACUGAGAAAGCUGCUUUGUUCGGCCGGGGUUUCUUCGCUCAGUGCGCCGCCUGAGGACGAGCAGGAAGUACCUGGGUGGAGGGGUACAGGGGGAGGGCACCGAGGACCCCGACGGUGGACCGUAACAACGAUCUGCCAGGCUCAGGCUUCGGAUAAACCUAACGGGAAUAUGUCCGCGCUCGGAGGCCCAUCAUGGAUGUGUCGCCUUCUUUUUUGGACGGGGCUGGUGUCCCUCUGUCACGCCCAGCAGCACCCUGUCGUCACUACCAAUUACGGGAAAUUGCGCGGAGUAAAGGUUACAUUACCGAAUGAGAUCCUGGGACCGGUGGAACAGUACUUGGGGAUCCCGUACGCGCUGGCCCCAACGGGGGAGCGGAGGUUCCAGCCGCCGGAGCCGCCCAUGUCCUGGCCAGGAAUCAGGAAUGCUACUCAGUUUGCGCCGGUUUGUCCUCAGUUCUUAGAGGACCGGUUUUUGCUCAAUGAUAUGCUCCCCGUUUGGUUCACCGCCAACCUGGAUACAGUGGUGACCUACGUGCAGGAGCAGAGCGAGGACUGCCUUUACCUGAACAUCUACGUCCCCACGGAGGACGACAUCCACGAUGAGAACGGGUUAAAGCCGGUCAUGGUCUACAUCCACGGAGGCUCCUACAUGGAGGGAACGGGCAACAUGAUUGACGGCAGCAUCCUGGCCAGCUACGGCAACGUCAUCGUCAUCACGAUCAACUACCGGCUCGGCGUUCUGGGGUUUCUAAGCACAGGAGACCAGGCGGCCAAGGGCAACUACGGCCUGCUGGAUCAGAUCCAUGCUCUACGCUGGAUCAAAGAGAACAUCCAGGCUUUCAAAGGAGAUCCCAAGAGAGUGACCAUAUUUGGCUCGGGGGCCGGAGCGUCGUGCGUCAGCCUGCUCACCCUCUCGCAUUACUCGGAAGAUCUGUUCCAGAAAGCCAUCAUCCAGAGCGGCACGGCGCUGUCCAGCUGGGCGGUCAACUACCAGCCCGCCAAGUACACGCGGGCCCUGGCCGAGAAGGUGGGCUGCAACAUGCUGGACACCAUCGACCUGGUGGAGUGUCUCCAGAACAAGAACUACAAGGAGCUGAUCGAGCAGUACAUCACGCCCGCGAAGUACCACAUCGCCUUCGGGCCCGUGAUUGACGGCGAUGUAAUCCCGGACGACCCCCAGAUCCUAAUGGAACAAGGCGAGUUCCUCAACUAUGACAUCAUGCUGGGGGUCAAUCAGGGCGAGGGCUUUAAAUUUGUGGACGGCAUUGUGGACAGCGAGGACGGCGUGUCUGCCAAUGACUUUGACUUCGCCGUGUCGGACUUUGUGGACCAUCUUUACGGGUACCCGGAGGGCAAGGACACUCUGCGCGAGACAAUUAAAUUCAUGUACACGGACUGGGCAGACAAGGAGAACCCGGAGACCCGGCGCAAGACCCUGGUGGCUCUGUUCACCGAUCACCAGUGGGUGGCGCCGGCGGUGGCCACGGCGGACCUGCACGCUCAGUAUGGCUCGCCGACUUACUUCUACGCCUUCUACCACCACUGUCAGAGCGACAUGAAGCCCAGCUGGGCCGACUCAGCGCACGGCGAUGAAGUCCCGUACGUCUUCGGGAUCCCCAUGAUCGGCCCCACAGACCUCUUCAACUGCAACUUCUCGAAGAACGACGUGAUGCUGAGUGCGGUCGUCAUGACCUACUGGACGAACUUCGCUAAAACGGGGGAUCCAAACCAACCGGUCCCACAGGACACAAAGUUCAUCCACACCAAACCCAACCGCUUCGAGGAGGUGGCCUGGACCAAGUACAACCCCAAAGACCAGCUGUACCUUCACAUCGGCCUCAAACCUCGAGUGCGGGACCACUACCGCGCAACCAAGGUGGCGUUCUGGUUGGAACUGGUUCCGCAUCUGCACAACAUCAACGAAUUCUUCCAGUACGUGUCCACCACGACCAAAAUCCCCCCCCAAGACACCACCCCGUACCCGUACACCAAACGCUUCCCGGGCAAAAACAACUGGCCGUCCACCACGCGGCACCCGGGGGUCCCGCCAACCAACACCAACACCAAGCAAACCACGGACCAGCGAAAGAGCGGCGAUCUGACUGACGAGUCGACAGUUGUCAUAGAAACCAAGCGGGACUACUCGACAGAGCUGAGCGUCACCAUCGCGGUCGGAGCCUCGCUGCUGUUUCUCAACAUCCUCGCCUUUGCCGCGCUCUACUACAAGAAAGACAAACGGCGACACGAGACCAACCGCCGCAUCCCGACGCCGCAGCGCAGCUUGGCGCCGACCAACGCGCCUUCGGCCGCCAACGCCAACGACGUGGCUCACCUGCAGAGCGAGGAGCUGAUGUCUCUGCAGAUGAAGCAGCAGCAGCUGGAGCACGAGCACCACCACGAGUGUGAGUCACUGCAGAGCCACGAUGCGCUGCGCCUCGCCUGCCCGCCCGACUACACGCUGACGCUGCGCCGCUCGCCCGACGACAUACCGCUGAUGGCGCCCAGCACCAUCACCAUGAUCCCCAACGCGCUGGCUGGCAUGCAGCCUCUGCACAACUUCAACGCUUUCGGGGGCAGCCAGAACAGUACCAACUUACCCCACGGCCACUCCACCACGCGGGUAUAGCUUCGCUAGCAGGGGCGGAGCAGCCGUUGGGGGUCAGCCCAGAAUGUUUUUCCAAAGCCCUGACACCUAGAGUUUUAAAAUAACUUCCACUUUGUGUCACUUCUCCCCAGUCUCUCUGACUGGAUCGGCAAAAUCCCUGCGGAAAAAGUUUGCCAUUCAUUGUGUGACAAAAAUAGGUUUCAGUAUUAGUAUUGUUGUUUACGCUAAAUUCCUACCCUACCUAAGAUAUGUAGCAACAUCAGACAAUUCUUGGAGUUCUUUCAGGAGUGAAAAUGUCUCAUCACGCAACCUGUUCUAACUCCCAACUCUUUAAAUACUUAUCAGCGUUGGUCAGUGGUCAGAGACCGACACACAAAGCACCCUUUGGCAGCUAAUCCUAACCCUGGCUCCUUUAAUCGGGUUUUGACCCUUUUUAUUCCUUUUAAAGUGUCUCUUAAAGAAUCAAACCAGGUUCUCUAAGGAUCUUUUAAAGGGUUUUCCAUAGCGCCCAUGAGGAACGCUCCAAACCUAACCCUUAAACGUACGUUUCGUAACCCCACCCACAAUCUGUUCCUAACCCUACCAAGGAUCCAGACAAAGCGUGGUAAAAAAGGACGCCCAAGACUUACCCAGAAGGUCAAGUAUCAGAUGGGAUUAUUUUUCAAGUAGCUGAAAGACCCCCCUGAGGUAACGCCAAAGGACCCUGACCAAGCAUCAUUUUUAGAGCUGGGAGAGAGACGUGUUGCAUCCUCAACAUUAGUUUAGUUCUGAUUUCAGAAUGAUGAAGACAGGCGAUCAGUUAGAUACAAAACAGGACGCAGGCUCGACAUCAUGAUCGGUUUCCUCGGCUAACUAUCUUACAAUCUGGUUUUCUGUAUGAUGUACAGAUUUUAAGUCAUUUAUUUAUCAAAUCGCUUGAAAAAUAGUGCACAGAGCAGCCGUAAAUGGGGAAAAUGUACCCGACCCUAGGUUUUCGGCCGAGCCCCCAAUGUUUUAUUGGUUGAGCCCCCAAUGUUUACAACAUCUGGCUCCGCCCCUGUCCUCUGGAUGGCGCUGCGUUUCCUUUUGGAUGUAACCUCGCAGAGGAAAUCGAAGAGACUGACUGUGGGGAAGCACAGACUUAGCAGAUGCUAUUUUGUUACAUGCCUUCUUGAAAAGCAUAUAUAAAGUGAUCCUGAACUUAUUCAAAGUGAAUGUUACCGUAGGAAUAACUCUACUUGGAGCCAAGCUUCAUUGAAAGUUUGUCGAGGAGUUUUACCAAAAGAAAAAGGCAAACAGGGGAUGUCUAUUAAUAUUCUUAAAUAUGAUAUGAACAGAUUCAGCGUGACUUUUUUGUGACAGAGGCUUUUGUGCCAUAAAUACACAACAGGAAGAACUGUUGUCUAAAAGCAACAACUGACCGUCUGAAACCUAAUCUUCAUGCAUCAGACUCCUGACUUGGGCACAGAAUUCUUAACCCCAGCCUGAAAUGUAUUUAUGAAAACUUUGUUAAAAAAAAAAGAAAAAGAAAAAAGGUAUAUAGUUGUGCGUGGAAAUUUAAAAAUCUAAAAAAGAGCAAAUUGUAUUAAAAGAGUUUCUUCUUACGGAAGCCCAGAACGGCCGUCCUUGUAAUUAUCUUUUUCAAAGCUCUUAUUAGUUAAUAUGUUCAUCAGAGAUCAGAAGUUCCAACGGCCCAGAUCAAGCUGCUGGUGACAGACGUUUUAUAUAAUUAGCAUUUUAAAAACAGUCAAAAUGUCAAUUUUCAACUUUAGUCUCUGCAGUCUGACUUUAUUCUACAUUGAAUUGUAACAAUAUUCUUGACAUUUUAACUUUAUUCUUGAAAUUGUAUUUCAUGUAUGUUCCCAACAUUUAAUUUUUACGUUGUUGAUUUUUCAACCUUGUUCUCUAAAUACACAAAAAACUCCCUCUACGUCGUUUAUUAAUUUUUCUUAUGCCUGGCACUUACACUGAAAUACUCUCGACAUUUUGACUUUAUUUCAAAAUGAAAAAAAAGGUUGGAGUGGAGGACAUCUGGGACUAAAUACAGAAACACAUAAAAGCAUUUUUAUUGCAUAAAUUAAGAUAUUUUCCAAAGUAAAAGUCCGGUCAGCUCCAUCUGCCUGGGCCGUUUGAAUGCAGUUACUGAUACAAGUUAUGAAUAAUAAGAGAAAACUAUCUUUUGAUGACAUUAAAAACAUACUUGCAAACGCGGCCGGUCCCAGUUUCCAUACCUUCUAUAUUGUUUUGAUUUUGGCUGAGAUCUUUUGGGUUUUACAGCUUGUGCUUUUCUGUUUAGGUGCGUGUAAAUAUAUCCAGUCUUCUUCUUUUCCUGAUCACAACCCUUAGUUUCAUUAUUAGUGUUCACAAAACGACCAAAAUGCGAACACAAUCCCAUCCUCGGAGAGUCCCCCCCCCCGCGCCUGCAGGUCCAGGACUGUCUCGGUCCGUGUUUCGUGUCCCCGUUUCAGACGCGGACGUCCGAGGACGAGCUGUCCUCGUCCUCUUCACCCCCGUCCCCCGUCCCAUCUCAUCACCUCCGUCAUCCUGUUACGCUGCCGAUAGUUUCUUUGUGGGCUUUGUUUUUGUCUUGCAACCUCAGCACUGCCUGAGCAAUGUGACCAGCAAUGUAUUAUUUAGAAAUAA